AUGGAUCGUUAUCAUCUGAAACAAAGUAAAAAGAUUACUCGUUAUGUAUCAAAACGGAGUAUCCCUUUCGACGAAAAUAGUGAUGUAUCAAAACGGAGCCGUAUCACUAUCGACAAAAAUAUUGGGGCGACGAUCUACAAGACAACCAAAGACGAAUUCAAGGCGCUGGCUUACAAACUCACUCGCGUUUCUCCGACCACAAAUCUUAAGAAGUUGCAUCCUACGCCAUUGAGCAACCAACCUCCCAUGCUAAAUUUUUCUCAUGUACCGGAAAUUCCGAUAACCAACGUCGCCUCAACAUCUGAUAUGACGGUCCUGCCUCAAUCGCCAUUGAUGUCGUCUCCACCGUCUCAAACUGCACUGUCUCCACCAUCUCAACCAUCACCUUCGUUGCUAAAUGAUACUCAUGUUCCAGCUGUUCCGAUAACCAACGUCUUGCAUCCUACGCCAUCGAGCAGCCAACCUCCCAUGCUAAAUGACGUUCAUGUUCCGCCAGUUCCGAUAACCAACGUCGCCUCAACAUCUGAAUUGACGAUCCUGCCUCAACCACUGUUGAUGUCCUCUCCCCCGCCAUUGAGCAGUCAUCCUACCAUGCUAAAUGAUGUUCAUGUUCCGGCUAUUCCGGUAACCUAUGUCACCUCAAUAUCUGAAUUGAUGACCCUGCCUCAACCGCCGUUGAUGCCGUCUCCACCGCCUCAAUCGUCACCAAUGUUGAUGUCGUCUCCACCGUCGUCUUCACCAUCUCAACCAUCACCAUCGUUGCUGUCAUCUCCACUGCGUCAAUCGUCACCUAUGUUGAUGUCGUCUCCACCAUCUCAACCAUCACCUUCGCCGCUAUCAUCUCCACUGCCUCAAUCGUUUCUUCUGUUGAUGUCGUCUCCACCGUCUCCACCAUCACCUUCUUUGCUACCGUCGCCACCGUCUCAUUGGUUGUCGUCUAUCUCGCUACCGCCACCUCUAUCGCCGUCUUUGCCACAGUCACCGCUUUUACAGCCUUCUUCCCAAGGGCAAGACGAAUUGACGAAAGAUUUGGUGGCUGAUAAUAUGGAAUACUCUGAAAACAAUAUGACUGAGGACAAUAUGAACCAACAACCGGAGAAUAUCCCACCACCUAUGUCGCCGAUCUUACCGUUGGAAAGUCUACAAUCAGAAAACGUUUCACCAUCCAUUCCAUCGUCUAUACACGAUUGGCCUAAUUCUAUGGAUGAUCUAUGUUCCGAAAAUAUUUUACAACCAACAACUUUACCGUCCGGGAGUCUAAUCGAUUGGCCUAACUCUAUGGAUCAUCUACGUUCCGAGAACCUUUUACAACCAGGAACUUUACCGUCAAGUCUACUCGAUUGGCUUAACUUUAUGGAUGAUCUACAUUCCGAGAACAUUUUAUCGCCCACUCCAACAACUUUACCGUUCGGGAGUCUACAUUGGUCUAAUUCUUUGAAUGAUCUAGGAUCAGAGAACAUUCUACCAUCAGUUUCAACAACAUUAUCAUACAUGAUGAGUGUACCAGAUUCGUCCGAUUCUCGUAACGAUGUACGACCAGAUGACAUUCCACCGAUAGUUUCGACGCCACCAUAUGGAAGUUUACAAGACUGGCACAAUUCUCAGAAUGAUCUACGACCGGAGGAUACUCAACCACCAGUUUCAACAACUUUACGGUCUGAGAAUCUAAUUCUUUGA